UGUCACGUGACCAAGAGCUGCCUAUAGCUGAACUCCUGUUGUCACCUCUGUCUGGAUACCAACCCUCUAUUAUUCUGCAGGAUUCUGAAAGGAGGAAGCUAGCCUCGGACUGUGCAGUUCUUCACUGCCUUUCCAUCUGCCCUUCUGCCAAACUGUCCAUCAAUCACUGUGGAAGGAGCACCGACAACAGAAGACAAGGAAAGAAGAAUUUACCUGGCUUUGGUAGAGAUUCAUUACAAGAGAAAUACAGGAGCCUGGGAGAGGCUGAAGACCACUACUUUCCACAAUUACAGUUGCUGGCCCUAAGAUUCCUCUUCCUUCAGGUGGGAAAAGGCCCUCUCUUGUCCUGUCACAAGGCUGGCACAGACUUGAACAUGGGACGGGCUCAGGAAGUGGGUUGGAUGACAGCAGGACUGAUGAUUGGGGCUGGUGCCUGCUACUGUGUUUACAAACUAACCUUAGGAAGAGAUGACAGAGAGAAAUGGGAGGAGAAGGAAGAGGAAUGGGAAGAUGACCAAGAGCUGGAUGAGGAGGAGCCUGAGAUGUGGUUUGAUUUCACAACUAUGGCUUGGCCCUGGAAUGAGGAUGGGGAUUGGACUGCACCUGGUGGAACCGAGCACAGACCUAUAGGUGGGGUCAAGGCGAAUCGAACGCACCCAAAAAGACAGCAUCCAUUCCCAUAUGAACACAAAAAUACUUGGAGUGCUAAAAGCUUUAAAAUUUUCAGUUGUGCUCUUGAUUUUUUCAAGUGUCCUUUCAUUCAAGGAAACGUUUUUGUUCAGCCCAAGGAUGCUAGUUUUUCAUUUAGCCACAAUAUCAAUCGUCAUUUGGUCAGUGUCUCCAUUGUUGGAAACAUGAUCCCCACUCCCAACCCCACAAUUAAGGAGGCUUUAUGUGCCCUGGAUAAUGUGGAUACCAGUAUGGAAAAUCAGUGUCAGAUUAAGAUGUUCAUCAAUGAAUUGUGCCAGGAAACUGCAUCACAUUGCUGCAACUGAUUUCUGCAGCACAUCGAAUUAAAUUUGUUAAUAAGCAUGACAAUUAUUAAUAACAUGCUUGCCAAGUGCAUAGACCUGAGGUUUCCUUUGAUAUCAGAGGGAAGUGGAUGUGCCGAGGUUCAGGUUUUGAAACUGUUGAUGGGUUUGCCUAAAAAGACAGUCUCAGCAGGGAAAUUGCUGGGUCACCAAAUGCUGCUCUCAUUCAUGUUUCUCUUUAUCAUGAACAGAAAGAGACAGGUUCUUCUGGACACCCUGUCCUCUUAAAUGUCCGCCUUGAACAGAGUGGGACUGAAUCUACCCAAAGCCUGUCUCAUGAAGACACUCUUGUGUUCUCAUUCAAAGACUGCAGUGGGUGCUAUAGAAGAUCCAGCCUUAACCAAUCACCACAUCAUGGUGUGAAAGUUAGACUUGCUAAAUCGAGGAUCAUGCUCUUAUUGGCCUGGGUGGGAUUCCCACAG